CGCUGAAAACGGAAUCUCCCGCGUUUAUCUGCUAAGAUGUAAACAUUUUCCUAUAAAUUUGAUUCGUGUAUUGUUACUUCAUCAGGAUUAGUGCAUAAUGAAUGUGGUUUCUGCGAUCACCAGUCGUCAGGAAGGCUUCGGAACAGUAAUUGACUAUGAUAUCGCAUUGCGUCGUCUGAAAUGUUAUCGACAUGAUGUGUACUGUGGAAUAUCGCCGAGCGUCGAUGGACCGGACUUUAAUCCUGAGCCACCAGUAUUCGCAUGUAAAUUUAGCACUACUCAAAACUACGAGCAUGUGCUUGCACUGGCAAACGAAGAUGGAAAAAUUGCUCUGCAAAACACAGCGGUUUGUGGGACUUUUAACGAACGAUUGGAAGGAACGCAGGCCCAUUACAAUGCCAUUUUUGAUAUUGCGUGGAUGCCAGGCGAGAUGCAGCUUGUCACUGCAUCUGGUGACCACACUGCAAGACUCUGGGACGUUUCUCAAACCCAAGUUAAACAAAUUGAUAUCUUUCAAGCUCAUACCCGCAGUGUAAAAACUGCAGUUUUUCGUCAACACGAUAAAGCUGUAUUUGCAACGGGAGCGAGAGAUGGUGCGAUUAUGGUGUGGGAUAUCAGAGCAAACCAUACAAACUUCCCCAGACCAGAUAACUGCAUAUAUAACUCGCACAGCGCAGUAUCUUCAAACGGAACAAAGUCGCGACGAAGUCACACACAAGCUUCUCGCAACCACAGCAUCACAAGUCUUGUAUUCCAAGAUGAUUUCACACUGAUUUCUUGCGCCGCAGGAGAUGGAGUAAUAAAAGUAUGGGACCUUCGAAAAAAUUAUUCAUCCCAUAAAAGAGACCCUGUAGCAAAAAACGUCCUUCACCACGCGGGCAGGAGUACUAGAAAUGGCUUCACUUCGCUGCUUAUAUGCCCAGCUAGACUCAUUCUCUAUGCCAGUUGCAUGGAUAACAUUAUAUAUGCUUACAAUAUAGCCACGUAUAAUCCCAAACCUGUUGGAGAAUACUAUGGACAUCAAAAUUCUACAUUCUACGUGAAAUCUUGUCUUAGCCCUGAUGGUAGUUAUCUAGCUAGUGGAUCGAGCGAUGAGUUGGCAUACAUUUGGCACACUGGCAGACCAGGACGACCGUUAGUGAAACUUUCAGGUCAUACCGCAGAAGUAACUUGCAUUGCAUGGUGUGGUAUCGGCGAAACAAAGAUAGUUACUUGCUCCGAUGAUUCGAGACACAGAAUAUGGCGUGUGGGUUUAGAGCACAAAGGUGAAAACGCAGAAGUCGAAAUACAAGGCGAAGCGAAUCCAGUUUCAGUUGAAGAUGCACUCGGACAUCUUGUUGGUGGGCUGGAAACCACUCCAACAGCCUCUCGCAGAUGGGUCCAUCAUCAAGAACACACGCCCGGAUCUGAUGGUACCAGUGGUCCGGCUUCAGGUCCACCAAGUUCCGUUAGCUCUGCUGAAACUUGUGAUACGAAUGAAAAAAAAGGUAUAACAUCAUCAGCGAAAAGGCGGUACUCCCAAAUGUCUGCAGAUGAUACGAGGUUGAAGUUCAAGUCUGUAUUAUCGCCGGUUGAAGAAAACUUUGAAGGCAGCGCAAAACGUCCGCACCUCGAAAACCGAGGAGCUCGAAGGUUAUUCAGUCCUGGAAGCGAAUGUGUCCUCAGUUUAAGCACUGACUAUGAAUCCGACGAGCCCAGGCCGAGUUCUUCUACCGCAAAUGUAGAAGCUCCAUUUUCUCCAACUCUGAAUCUCCCUAAUUACGUGAUAGACGGCACUGCUCCACACUUGCUGCAGAUAUCGCCACAAAAAUUUAAGGAAAACAUUGACUGGCUAACUAAGAUGAGGAAAGAAAAGUUUGAACAAAAAACAAAGACAGCAAUACCAGAACUGACAAGUCCAAAGGCAACUGUAACACCCGCGCGACGAUCUGGAAGAUCCCGAUCAACUGAGCCCCGGAGAGCCAGAGAACCCUCAGUAUCUCUCCUAAAUUUCUUCCGAAUCUCAGGAAGAGAAUGUGAUAAAGAACUUUGCUGUGCAAAUACAAGUUUGAUUUCAUCACAGCCUUCCAGGUCGACAAGCAAUGGCGAACCACCCAAAACGGAAAAAGCUUUGAAUUGAGAUAAAGAGAUGCUACCAGAGAUAGUAAAAUUCAGUGUAUAAAAAAACGAAAACGUAACAUCACCUAUUUUUUUUUUUUCUCUGUACGGAAUCAGCAGUAUUACGUAAAUUUUUCGCGGCAUAUUUUUUAUUCCCAAACAAAGUGAUAUUUAGAUCGAUAAGGAGAAUGAUUGACCAUGUUUUUUUAUCAUAAUACCAGUUAAAUAUCUUUCUACCUCUUGUUAUUGAAGAUGCAUAUCAUUCGAUAUCGAUUAUUCCGCCUGUACCUUGAUUUUUUUACUUGCUUACUCUCUCUUUAUACGAGUCGCUCUAGAUGUUAGGUAAUUCUAAGAAACUAUUGCAACUGCAGAUUACGUGGAUACGUAUAGGCAUUAAUUCAUAAAAGAUGUAUUGCGGCUCUCUUCCUGUAUUUAUGCUUAAGAUGAAUCUGUUGGACAAUGAGCACCUUCCAGACUGUGAAACUAACAGAUGAAAAAUGUGCCAGAUUAUGUGUAAAUAGUAAUAAAUUAUUUUUUGUAUGAA